GACCGCCGGCUGCGCAUGCGUUCUGCGGCCUUCACGUGAAGCCUACGCGCCGCCUCGAAAGACCGCGGAGGAAUACCUGAGAUUUUGUGUGCGAAUCUGUACUUUUUUCGUUUUUUUUUUUCUUCUCUCUCUUUCUCCCCUUUUUAAAACUUUUUUUUGAAGGGGUUGAUUGAGAAUUGUGUAUGUGCGUUUUUAUGCGGUUUAUUUUCGUGGAUUACUGUCUCGUUUGAGGAAGAAGAAAAUAAUAAUAAUAAAAAAAAUAUAUUGUGAAUUAACUUGUGCUUGUGUUGAUUCAGUCGCGUUUCCUCACCUGAAGCAAAAGUGAAGCAAAGAACGUGAAGCAAACGACACAUUUCCCUCAGCGAAAUCUUGAAGAAGAUCCGAUGACAUGCAAACUCUCUUAAGACAGUCUCACUUGUAUUGUUUUAUCGAAUACUAACCCCCCCCCCAAAAAAAAAAAGAAGAAAUACAAGAAAAAAGUGAGAGAAAAAGAUUUGGUGAGACCGAGGCAUUGAAAUCACCAAAGACUCUCCGUCCUCCCUUGAAGAGCGUUGGCUUGGAGACAACACCAGAAACAAGGGAGGGAAAACAUUUGCAAAAAAAAGAACAAGAACAGAAAUAAGAACAGGAUAGAGAGAAACAGAAAAAGAGAGCAUAAUAAAAAAUAAAAAAAAAAACUUCUUCUUCGGUGCGUUACCCUCGUGCGCAAGGAGGGGAUGUUGAUAUAAGUACUUACUUAAGAGUGGUUUGGAGUUGGUAGUGUGAGCAGCUGGUAGGCCUCGCCUUCCACCACUGCCCAACGCCAACCAAGCCACUGACAACACUACCACCAGCUCCUGCCAACACCUGCUGGAUGCCCGUCAGGGACCAAAUCGCUUCUGCCUCUGCCAGCAAAUCGAGGAGCGGGAUGUUCAAGUGGAUGAUCUCGGGCCACAAAGGCCACAAGCACAAGCAAGAAAAGCUGAACAACGCCGUCAGUAACAAGAACAAGAACAACCUCAAACAACAACAGCAGCAGAACAAUCAUAACAGCAGUAGCGCAGCGGGGAACGGCCAGCAACAUGAACAGGGCAGCGGAGAACAGCAGCUGCACAUGUCCGAGACGAAUAACAGCAGCGCUUAUAACAACCACGUGAACAGCACGCAAGAACAGUCGUCAGCGGAACACGUGAACAGCGGCGGAGACAUCAAUCAGAACGUGGAAAAAUGCGACAACGUGGCCAACACUAACGGGCACGUGCGCGGCGUGGACAAGGAAACGACACAUUUCAUCCACUUUGGCGCGCACUUUGAGACGAAAUCGCCCAGGGGAGAACCUACUAUUAUUGUUAUACAAGGAUAUUCUUCGUGCUGA